AGAAUAAAAAUGCUCUAAUGGUACUCUAUUUUUUACUCUAUAAUACUCUGUUUUCUAUUCUAUAAUAGUGUAAACAUAUUUUUUAUUCUAUAUAUAGAGUAAUUUUUUUUAUUUUUUGUUUAUCAUUCUAUUUUUCAUUCUAAAAUAAAAUACCAUUGAAACAACAUCUAACUCUAUUAUAGAAUUACUCUAUUUUAGAGGAAAAAAUAGAAUAAACCAUUGGAGAUAGUCUAAAAGCAUCUCCAACCCCACUUCAUAAUUUACUGCAAAAUGGAGUUAUGAACAAACAUUAGUCUAUAAAAUAAGCAUAUGCAUAUCUAAUUAUACAAGUGUUACAUUAUUUAAAAGAGAGGUAUAUAACAAAAAGAAAUUUGCUACUCUAUUUUGCAGUAAGUUAUGGAGUGAGGUUAGAGAUGUUUUAAGAUGCUAACUAUUAAGUACCAAGCACUAAUCUAUAAAAUAAGCAUAUGCAUAUUUAAUUAUACAAGUGUUACAUUAUUUAAAAGAGAGGUAUAUAACAAAAAGAAAUUUUGCUCGUCUUCUAGUUUCAUAAUAUGGUAUAACUUUUUUUAAUCUGAAUUGAUAUCUCUAAAAUUAAAGCUAUAGUUCAUAAAAAUAAACGUAUUCAAAUCGUAUUAUGUUAUUUUCUAAAUACUUUUUUUUUGUUUUAGACCAUUUUUGUUAAGCGGUCAUUCAAUGAUUCAUCUUUUGCAUUUCAACUCUUGUAUGUAGUCUCUCUUUUUAAAUUAAUUUCGAAAUAUAUGUGUUUCCGUCCUAUUAAAUCUUAAUUAUACCUUAUAAUAUUCACUUUUACUUUAUUACUUGUGAAAGUACCUUCUACUAUAGUCCACCGCAUAAUUAUCAUUUUGACAUGACGAAAUAAUAUGUUAUAGCGUAAGUUCUGUAUUUGUAGGGAAAGAUGUCUGUAUUUCAAGAUGUUUAUAACAAAUGUAAUGCGUCUAUGGACUUUUAUAAAUUCAGAGAAUACUCUGAUAAAAAGGAACACAUUGUUAAUACUUGUUUCUCUCGAGAAAGUUAACGAAUAAUUGCGAAGAUAUUAAUAAAUAGUUAAAUACUAAUGGAGAUGAGUGGGAAUAAAAGCAGAGUUAAAGGCAAGACAUUAGAGAAGAGAAAAAGAAGAUGAAAAAUUCCCUCGUCACUAUUAUCUCUCCUGGGCACAAGUGUCCCACUAUAUAAUUUAUGAUUUAUUUAACUUGCCCUAAAUACAAAUAAUUUCAUCUUUUAUUUGUUCGAGGCAACCUGGGUUUUUUUAUUCUUCCAGGAAAAUGUACUACUCCAUAUGUUUUAAUUUUAUUAUACAUUAGACCAAUAAAAAAUAACAGGUUCAAUGGUGCAUAUUUAGUUAGUGAAUUCACUUUUUACCUGCUCCACACGAUCAUAUUACAAUUAGAAAUUUGUUUGUUCUACUUCUAUCCAAAAUUCCUAACCUUUCGUCUAUUGCCGUCCUAGAUCCGAGAACAUGGGCCUAAUAUGUGUUUUAUAAGAGAGUUUGAUUGUCGGUCGUUAUAAAUUUUUCCUGAAAUGAAAAAAAUACAUAAUUGAAAUCACUUUACUAAAUGGAAAAAAUCGUAUCUACGUAAUAUUUCAUCGUUAUACAUUAUAUGUAUAUACUAUCUUAUGAAUUUCCGUUUGUAUAGUAAACAAGUUGUAUUUCUCUUUUUAAAUACAACCUGUUUAAUGAUGACUUGAACAUAUUUUUCUUAUCUUUGAAUCGAUAUUUAGAAACUUAACAUUUGAAUAUAUAUAUAUGAUUUUCGUAUAUGUAUAUAACUAGAAACUGUCCAUAAACAAAAACUUAUUGGCUAAAUCAAUAAACAUACAGAAAGCACUAUUUCAUCUCUGUCAUGAUUGAAAACAUUACAAACCAAAGAAGAAAACAUUGCCCGAUUUUCUUCCUGGCCUUUUCCUGUUUACAGUCUAAACACUAUAUGAUAAAAUAAUUGGCAGACAAAUCUUUCUCUCUCUUUCACUCUCAAUACUCUCAGUCACAGACACUUCAAUAUCAACAUCCCCUGUUUCUUGAUUUUCUCAAUCACCUGCGGACAAAGAACUGAAAACGAAUAUUUCAUAUUCAAAAAGAUACAAAACCUCAAAUACUCUCAAGUCUGAAUGCAACAAGAUUUUAUUCAGACAAAGAUGGUGCAGAGAAAAAGAGAAGUAAGAGAGAGUUAUGCUUUGGCCUGUUCAAGCUUAUUCUUCUUCAUCGCUUUGCUAUGUUCAUCUUCUGCAGAGCUCACAGACAAAGGUGUUAACUAUGAAGUUCUUGCUCUAAUAGGAAUCAAGAGCUCACUGAUAGACCCUCAUGGAGUUCUAAUGAACUGGGAUGACACGGCAGUUGAUCCUUGUAGCUGGAACAUGAUCACUUGCUCUGCUGAUGGUUUUGUUCUAAGCCUAGGAGCUCCAAGCCAGGAUCUUUCAGGAACUCUUUCAUCCAGUAUUGGCAAUUUAACAUAUCUUCAGACUGUGUUAUUGCAGAACAAUUAUAUCACAGGACAUAUCCCUCCUGAGAUUGGAAAACUGAUGAAACUCAAAACACUUGAUCUCUCUACUAAUAACUUCACUGGCCAAAUCCCAUCCACUCUUUCUGCCUCCACAAAUCUUCAGUACUUGAGGAUGAAUCAUAACAGCCUGACAGGAACAAUUCCUAGCUCAUUGGCAAACAUGACCCAACUCACUUUCUUGGAUUUGUCGUACAAUAACUUGAGUGGACCAGUUCCAAGAUCACAUGCAAAAACAUUCAAUGUAAUGGGAAAUCCUCAGAUUUGUCCUACAGGAACUGAGAAGGACUGUAAUGGGACUCAACCUAAGCCUACGAUAAUUAAUUUGAACAGUUCUAAAGAUGAAGCUUCUGAUGGAGGAACAAAAAACCGGAAGAUCGCCAUAGCCUUCGGUGCAGGCCUUACUUGUAUUUGCUUGUUGAUCAUUGCCUUUGGUUUUCUUAUUUGGUGGAGAAGAAGACAUAACCAACAAAUAUUCUUUGACGUCAAUGACCAAAACAAGGAAGAAGUAUGUCUAGGGAACCUAAGGAGGUUUAGUUUCAAAGAACUUCAAUCCGCGACAAGUAACUUCAGCAGCAAGAAUCUGGUGGGAAAAGGAGGGUUUGGGAAUGUGUAUAAAGGUCGUCUUCAUGAUGGAACCAUCGUUGCGGUGAAGAGAUUGAAGGAUGUGAACAAUGGCGGUGGAGAGAUUCAGUUCCAGACAGAGGUUGAGAUGAUAAGCCUCGCCGUCCAUCGUAACCUCCUCCGCCUCUACGGCUUAUGCACUACUUCUAUGGAGCGGCUUCUUGUGUAUCCUUACAUGUCCAAUGGCAGUGUCGCUUCUCGACUCAGAGCGAAACCGGUAUUGGAUUGGAGCACAAGAAAGCGAAUAGCAUUAGGAGCAGCAAGAGGGUUACUGUAUUUGCACGAGCAAUGCGAUCCAAAGAUCAUUCACCGUGACGUCAAAGCUGCAAACAUACUUCUUGACGAUUAUUACGAAGCGGUGGUCGGAGAUUUCGGGCUGGCUAAGCUCUUGGAUCACGAGGAGUCUCAUGUGACAACCGCCGUGAGAGGAACGGUGGGUCACAUCGCACCUGAGUAUCUCUCGACGGGACAAUCUUCGGAGAAGACAGAUGUGUUUGGUUUUGGAAUACUUCUACUUGAACUGAUCACUGGAUUGAGAGCUCUUGAGUUCGGAAAAGCAGCUAACCAAAGAGGAGCGAUUCUUGAUUGGGUGAAGAAACUACAACAAGAGAAGAACCUAGAACAGAUCAUAGACAAGGAUUUGGAGAGGAAUUACGACAGAAUCGAAGUGGAGGAGAUAGUUAAAGUGGCUUUGCUUUGUACACAGUACCUUCCCAUACAUCGUCCAAAGAUGUCUGAAGUUGUAAGAAUGCUUGAAGGAGAUGGUCUCGUUGAGAAAUGGGAAGCUUCUUCUCAGAGAACAGAAACCAACAGAAGUUACAGUAAGCCUAACGAGUUUUCUUCUUCUGAACGUUACUCGGAUCUUACUGAUGAUUCCUCAGUCCUGGUUCAAGCCAUGGAGUUGUCAGGUCCCAGAUGAGAAGAUAAUUAUCGGAUCUUGAUAUUUGUCAUAAAUAUAUGUAAACUUGGAAUAUGUUGUAUGCUACAAUCUUGUAUAUAUAUGUUCUGGUAUCAUAAGGACUCGUAUUCUAUUGUUGAAGCAGAUGAAAUCUGGAAAUAUUGUGAACUUUUUUUUUUUUGAGCAAGUGAACUUUUUAUAUGAGUUA